AUGGUUGUAGCAUUUGAAGUCGUGUUUACGAUGAGCAAGGAGGAUGUCCUCAAGGUUCAGACCUUGACGCUGAGAGUGAACAUACACUGUGAUGGGUGCGAGAAGGUCAAGAAGACCCUCCACAAGAUCGACGGUGCCUAUCAAAGCAGCAUCGACGCCGAACAGGGGAAGGUGACGGUGUCCGGCUUGCUGGAUCCGGACACCAUCAUCAGGAAGCUCAACAAGGCCGGCAAGCCGGCGCAGCUGUGGGGCUCCAAGCCUGGCGUGCCUCAGAAUGUCCACCAUGGUGGUGGUGGGGGCAAGGGCCAGCCCAAGGACGCCGGCGGCAAGGGCCAUUCCAAGGACGGCGGCGGCGGCAAAGCCCAGAAGGGCGGUGGCAACCACAAGGGUGGUGGUGGCGGCGGAGGCAAGGAUGCGAAGAUGGUGCUGCCACAGCCAACGCCGCAGCAGCUCCAGCAGCUGCAGCAGCAGUUGCAGAUGAAGGGGCUGAAACUUCCGCCGCAGCUCUUGGGCGGCAAUAUGCCGGCGUUCACCCCGGCUGCGCCGUUGAAGGACCCCAAGUCCGUCAAGUUUGCCCUCGCCGAGGAUGACUUCGACGACGACGGCAGCGAAUUCGAUGAUGAGUUCGACGACUUCGAUGGCUACGACGACUACGGCCUCGACGACGAUUUCUACGACGACCCCAAGAUGAUGAUGAAGCCCAUGGGCGCCGGCGGGGGCGACAAGAAAGGCGGCAAGAAGGGUGGCGGCGGGAACGAGAUCCCGACGCAGAGCAAGGGAAAUGGUCAGGGCCACAACGUGGAUGGGCGGCGGCGCACCCAUGCGUAUGCCGCCGAGCAUCCGACCAUGGGUUUGAUGUAUCAGGGUGGCGGUGGCGGCGGCGCCGGCGCCAGUGGUGCCGUACAGGGCAUGCCAGCGCCAGGGUUCUACCAUGGAGGAGGUGGCAUGCCGUCGGGCGCCGAGAUGCUGCAGGCUGCUGCUGCGGCCGGGAACCCCAUGGCGAGUAUGGCCUUGAUGCAGCAGCAGCAGCAGAUGAUGAUGAAUGGCCAUGGCCACCACCACGGCCAUGACAGUGCAGGGUACCCGUCAAUGGGCUACGGCUAUGGCCGCCCACCGAUGCAUUACCCAAUGGGGUACCCAAUGCCCCCGCCCCAUUCGCAUUCCGGGGAUUACAACAUCUUCAGUGACGAGAACCCGAACAGCUGCUCGGUGAUGUGA